AUGGCAGUUACUCUCACCAACGCUCCAUCAUUGAUUGAAUCUUGUGGUAUCAGAUUUCUCAUCAGCGAUGCUCCAAGUGAUACCAAUAUUCAUCUCUAUAUCAAGGAAUUCAAACAACACAACGUAACCCAUUGUGUCCGAGUUUGUCAAGCAACCUAUGAUAAGGAAAUUGUUGAACGAGCAGGAAUCAAGUUCUUUGACUGGCCAUUCGAUGAUGGUUCUUCACCACCAAAGAAUGUCAUUCAAGAUUGGUUGGAUUUAGUGGAUAAAGUAUUUCCACCAAACUCGGAUCUUUCGGAUGCUCCUUGUAUUGCUGUACAUUGUGUCGCUGGACUUGGAAGAGCUCCAAUUUUGGUUGCAUUGGCUUUAAUUAAACGAUGCAACAUGACGGGAUUGGAGGCUGUUCAAUUCCUUCGAAAGAAGAGAAGAGGAGCUAUUAACAAGAACCAGCUAGAUUUUAUUGACAAGUUUUACAAGCAAAAGAAGGGUUGCAUCAUCUGUUGA